AUAGUAGUGUAGGGUUUUAGUACAACUUCCGGUUACGCGGGGUUCUAACAUAAUGGCUUCCGCGGUGAGGGUCGCGUCAAGAUCCUUCGCUAAUCGUUCCAGAAGCUUCGUCCAGAGCUCAACGACGCCGUUUGUGUUCUCUUCGUCUUCCGUAACACGCAUCCCUCGAGCUUCAAGGGUUUUGUCGGUUGUGAGAAGCGUUGAGUCGUUGAUGCCUCUUCACAGUGCUAUCGCGAACGCUAGGCUCACGUCCAAUAUCGCCUUCGAUUCCUCCUGCUGGAGCUUGCUUUCUCGAGACUUUGCAGUUCCUCGGUGACAGACUAAAGGAUUCCAUCAUAUCAAAUUCUAGUUGGGUUGCCAUAGACUUAAUGUUGCCUCACAUCAUACUCCUGGUCUAAUUCCUUUAUGGCUGUCACAUGAAUUGGAGUCCCGUCAUACUACCUUGGAGCAUCAAAAUCCAGUUUGAAAAACAAUACUGUUCUAUUACUAAUUUUAACCUCCUAUCAAUUUCCUUCAGAUUGUGAUAUAAGGUAACGAUUCCAAGUUUUGCUGAAUGAUCUUUCACCUCCCAUUCGAGUUAUGCUUCAUAAAAUGCCCAGCUACUUUACCAGUUCCGUUGGUCCAGAAAGCAAUGUCUGUAACUUUUUUAAAAUUUGAUAUUUGUUUUCGAAGAUUUUUUUCAUUACACAUGUAUGGUCGGCCAAAAAUUUAGGGCACUUUUAGCUGAAUUUAUUUUUUCGUUAGUAUAGUAUUUAGCAUUCUGCUA